UCCUGCAACCUGGGAAACUUACAGAGAUACUGGAUAGACUACGAGACCUACCUGGUGGAGAACAGUUCAACAGGGAUAGUGGAUAUGCCUUUUGUGAAGACUUCGGUUCACAACUUCAGCAUCAACACCUCAGAUGAUCUGCACUUCUCGCUGACCCCCUCUCAGAUCCCGAGGCAGGUGAUGGAAAACGAGGAGAAGCCCCCUGACAGAGUCCGGCUUCCUGGGAGUUUUUUUGGAUCCCUGAGGAACAGGAGGUCUACUGUUCGGUUGGCCAUAACCAUCCUGGACAUCGGUGCAGGGGAUGUCUUCAAGGGCCCCCAGCUGAACCUGGAGAAUGGCAGCAGUGUGUUGAACAAUCGUCUGGUGGGCUUGAGUGUAGGAGCUACGCCUGUCACUGGCCUGGCUGAGCCUUUGGAGAUAACCUUUUCCCAUGAAACUUACCUCCCUAACAUGUUUCUCAGCUGUGUUUUCUGGGAUGUGACUAAAGGGCCAACAGGAGACUGGGCCUCUAAGGGCUGCUCCACAGAGCACACAGCCAGGAGGACCGUGUGCCGCUGUGACCACCUGACAUUCUUCGCCCUCCUGCUGAGGCCGAUCCUGGACAAGGUCACCGUGCAGGCACUCACGCGCAUUUCCCAGGCGGGCUGCGGAGCCUCCAUGCUCUUUCUGACCUUCACUAUUGUCCUCUACAUUGUCCUCAGGUUCUUUCGACAGAGGUUCAAGUCAGAAGAUGCUCCCAAGAUCCACAUGGCCCUGAGCGUCAGCCUGUUCCUCCUGAAUCUGACCUUCUUCAUCACUGUGGGGAGUGGCUUGCAGGGUUCUGAAUCUGCCUGUUGGGCCCGGGGAGCUGUCUUCCACUAUUUCCUGCUCUGUGUCUUCACAUGGAUGGUCCUGGAAGCCGUCCACCUUUACCUGCUUGCCAUCAGGGUCUUCAACACUUAUUUCAGGCACUACUUCCUCAAGUUGAGCCUGGUGGGCUGGGGCCUUCCCGCCCUGAUCGUCAUUGGCACUGGGAGUGCCAAUAGCUAUGGCCGCUACACCAUCCAUGACGAGGAAAACCGUACCACACUGGAGCUGUGUUGGUUCCACAAGAAGACUGCCCUCUACAUCACCGUCCAUGGCUACUUCCUCAUCACUUUUCUCUUCAGCGCUGUGGUCCUAGGCCUGGUGGCCUGGAAGAUCUUCACUCUGUCGAGUGUCACAGCGGGCAAGGAACAAGGGCCAAACUGGAAGGGGAUCCUCACCGUGCUGGGCCUCUCAAGCCUGGUGGGCAUGACGUGGGGGCUGGCUAUCCUCACACCCCUGGGCCUGUCCACCGUCUAUAUCUUCGCAUUGCUCAAUGCCCUGCAAGGUGUCUUCAUUUUCUGCUGGUUCGUUGUCCUCUACUUCCCCAGGCAGAGUGCCGUGUCCACCUCUUCUGGAACUGCCCGAGUUGACCAAACUCACUCUGUGUCUCACGGAUAA